ACAUGAACAAUGCAGUCAGCAUUCACUUACAGGCCUCGCUGUGACCAUGUUGCGAGUUCACAUGCUGAUUGACUCCUGCCUCCCAAAAAAGCAUCGGCAUCAUGGGCUGGGGCUUUGUAUCAGGUCUCUCUGAUCCUGCUCUUAAGACACUUUCCAGCUGCCCACCACAGCACAUGAGCACUCAAUCUCGCUUACACCACUCGAAAGAUCCCAGACGCCAGAUCCCAGAAAGAUCUGAUGCACCAAUACUGAGACAAAUCCAAGACUUUUAAGACUCUGAGAAGACGACCGAGAGGCCAUGAGUACAUUCGGCUACAGGCGGGAACUGAGUAAGUAUGAGGAUUUGGAUGAAGAUGAGCUGUUGGCCUCGCUGACUGCUGAGGAGCUCCAGGAGCUGGAGAAGGAGUUGGCUGAUAUUGACCCAGACGACAACCUACCCAUUGGACUGCGACAGAGAGAUCAGACAGCUAAGACACGCACUGGAACAUUCAGCAGGGAAGCUCUUAUGAAAUACUGGGAAAACGAGACUCGAAAACUGUUGGAGGAGGAGAGGAUCGGAUCCACAAGCCCUAGACAGAAAGAUGAAGACAGCAGGGAAGAGGAGGAAUGCAUGACUGAGAGCAACAAUGAAGAAUCUGGGGAUGAAAAAGACGGGGCUGAAAAACGUGAGAAAGACAUACAAAAAUAUCUGGAAGCUGAACAAGACCAAGAAGAGGAAAGUGAACCAGAGGAGCCGAUAACAGAAGAAGAGGAUGUGGAAGAAGAUGAGGAGGAAGAGGAGGAGGAAGAAGAAAAAGAAGAGAACUGUCCUAAAAUAGCACCGACAUUGGAUUGUACCACUCACCCACAGCAGUGUUGGUCUUCCAAUGGUCAGUCCAAUCAGAGACAGGCAGAGCCUGUAAUACGAUACUCUCCACUGAUGAGUGAACCAAAAGUCAAAGUUCAGGAGCCCAGUCGCAUGUCAGGAAACCCUACUGUGGUGGACGAGGUUCUGGAAAAGAUCCUCACCAAUGACCCAGAUGCCACCGAGGUCAACCUCAACAACACUGAUAAUAUCUCCCAAGACACACUUAUCCGAUUUGCAGAAGCCUUAUGUUCGAACACACAUGUACAUUUUUUUAGCCUUGCCAACACACAUGCAGAUGACCAGGUGGCUUUUGCCAUUGCCAAGGUGCUGAGAGAAAACAGCAACAUCACAAAUCUUAACAUUGAGUCCAACUUCAUUACAGGGAAGGGUAUCCUGGCACUGGUGCAAGCCCUCACCCGAAACAGUACUCUUACGGAAAUGCGAUUUCACAAUCAGAGGCACAUUUGUGGAGGUCAAGUGGAAAUGGAGAUUGUAAAGUUACUGAGGGAGAAUACCACACUGAUAAAGUUGGGUUACCAGUUCGACCUUCCUGGCCCUCGUAUAAGCAUGACGACCAUUCUUACCCGCAACCAAGACCUCCAGAGACAGAAGAGAAUGCAGGAGCUGCGCCACCAGCAAGGAGGUGCAGCGAUGUCAACAAACCCAAGAACAGUCGCCCUUCAGAAGAGCACGACCACCUCUUCUCCUUACAGCUCCCCUUGGAGUUCACCAUGGUCAUCUCCAAAGUUACCACACAUUGAUAUGGCAAAGAAGAAUGCUCCCCCUGCUCCUCCACCACCACCACCACCACCAGCGUUAAGGAGACAGCCUUAUCAGCGGCGCGCGAGAUGCGAUGUCGCUGCAUUAUAA